GUGACACAGCUGAUUUUGUGAAGCUUCGUGUGUAUGGGAAGGCCUAGCCUUAUCUAUCGUACCACUCUCAUUGAACAUCACACGACUGAGUAAAUUACGUCAUUGACUGAUAUUACACCUUGGAUCUGUAGUAAGUUUUUAAAUCACCCCCUCCCUCCCUUCGUCAUUGAUACCACCACCAUCUUACCAGUUGCAAUAUGCCGCCGAAAAAGACAACACCUGCCGCCAAAGCCAGCAGUAAACCAGCGGUUAAGAAGACGGGAAAAUCACCUGCAAAGAAGCCAUCCGGAUCUACUGCUGCUAAAGUUACAGCACCGAAAAGAGAACCCAUUAAAGUUGGUGUUACUAUUCAAUUAAAACAAUUGGUUAAUAUACUGAAAGACGGAGACGGCACUAUCAAGAACACAGGCAGAUGGCCAUUGGUUAUCGAUCCUUCCGGGCGUGCAGGCACGUUCUUACGUUAUCAAGACACCAAUUACCUGCAGGCUCUUAGCCCCGAUGACAUGCAGCCAGAAACAAUAAGGAAGGCUUUGAUUGGUUCAAUAAGACACGGAAAAACAUUUACGAUCGACAUGAUUGAAUCGGAUAUGUACGGUAAUAUAAAGACACAAAUGGAUGAGAUUCAGAAAGGACUUCUUGAUUGCCUCCUGUCAAAAGAUCUAUUGAAAGAUGAAAAAUAUUUGACAAUCGUGAAAGAGUCCGAUGGCGGGGAAUAUGGUCAAUAUAAAUUCAAUGACCUGUAUAUGAAUGAUUUUGUUUUUGUGCUGGUCACGCAGAUGUCCUCACCCGGAGAAGAACUACUAAACAAGUUCUACACCGUAACAAUUUUGGAAAAUUGA